AUGGUUCGCUUCCAGAUCCGCCAUUUGCAGCGCACGCCGUCCGCUGUCAUGGCAGAAGAACGACGAGGAACGGUCGGCUCGAGUCGUGGCCUGGUUGGGUCGAGUCGUGGUCUGCCAGACGGUGGCAACAGCGACCUAGCGGGUGCCAACUCGGCGAGACACACCGCUCGAGGGUCUCGGGGGUCAAUAGUGCGCAACUUGCCCGAGCACAAUUUGCACUCUCAUCUCUCAGCUCGCAACGAUCGUGACGACGUUGCUAACUCGACUCAUGAGGGCGGCGGUGACCGAGCUGCUAGCUUUCACAGAGCUCCUGAUGCUGAGCGUAGCAGCCUGAACAACUCGGUGGGUGCAGUAGAUCCUCCACCUUUCGAGAGCGGGACUAGCAGCGCUCAACUUGGGGAACACUUUGAUCUCGCCUAUGGAACUACUGCGAGUCGAGGGUCCCGGUACAGCGCUGCCCACUACGUGAUGGGGUCGAUGUGGAUGACGCUGCGCUACUGGCAGUACAAACUCUUCCUGCCGCUGUCCCCCUACUCGAAAUUUUCUCAAGUGCGGUACGCGAUUGUCCUCUUUGCCACGCUUUGUUACGUACUUUGGUUCCCCACGGAGCUCGCGUUUCCGGAGCAGCACUCGCUUACGAACGUUGACGCGGUAGUCGGAGUUUUGUUGGCUGUGGACGUGCUGUUCACGCUGCAUACCGGGUAUGUGACUCCAACAGGGGCGAUCGUCAUCUCGCACUGGUUUAUCGCCUGGAACUACGUGAAGACGCGACUGGUUUUGGACGUGCUGGUGACUCUGCCGCUCGUGAUGCACGCUAACCGCAGUAAUCUAAGCGACUUCGGAGGGAAGUGGGUAACGUUUGCGCUUGACAUUCUGACGGUGGAGCGGCUUGCAUACGUAACACGUUUUGUGCGCAUGAUUUGGCUGGUGCGAGCCAACCAGUCGGGGGGCGGCAACAAUUUCUGGGCGUGGAUGCUAUACUCACGCUUUUCGCACCUGCUUCGCAUCGCCGGGAUUGUCACCAUGCUCAUGGUCAUUGCCCAUUACAAUGCCUGCAUUUGGACUGUUUUGCUGCGAGAAGAGGGGGAUACGAGCGAAGCCAACCCUUCGUGGCAAGCUCAAUACUCUGCAAGUUUCUACGCAGCACUGUUGCUCUUGCAGGGAGAGGGCGUGCCUACUGACACCUCCGGGCAGAACCUCUUUGCGUCGCUGUCGGUUCUUGUGGGCUCCAUUAUGCUCGCGGUUGUGUUCGGCCACGUCGCCAUUCUCGUGUACCAGCACAAGAUGGAGGAGGUUUUCGCUAUGACCGCCAAGCUGCAGCUGCCGCUAUCGCUACGAGAGCGAAUCCACGAAUAUUACGAGCAUCUCUGGCACGAGUACGAGUAUUUGGAUGGAGACAUCGUCCAGUUCUCGAAGGAGCUCUCACGCACGCUCGGGCUGGAGGUCGUGUUGUUCAAAUACAUGGAACUGGUCGUGCAUAUUCCGUUCUGGAAGGACUGCACGCCGGAUUUCCAGAAACAGUUAAUGCUGCGGCUGGAUGCGAGGUGGACGACGUUUUACAUGGUGAAUCGCGGCUACUGCGAGCUCAGUCGUGAGGCGAACAAAUACGAGAGGGUCACGACGACUACGAUGGCCUCCGCUCACAACGGGCUUGGGCUCCAUACAGCCCGUCAAAGCGGUGGUCUGACGAGUCGAAAGCGUAAUGGCCAAAAUGAGGAUGACAUUCGACAAUCGGCAUACGAACUGGACGAAGCUCAACGAAGAUAUUACAGUAAGAAUGGCGGCCGCGGACCAAAAGGCUACGAACUGGUCAUUUCUCGUGGCCAGGCUUUCGGUGACCUGGCGCUGUUGAUGAAUUACCAGCGCGCAGCAAACGUUCGAGCUAUCACACACGUUGAAAUGUGUGUGCUCUCGAGAGGAAAUUUUCAGGCCGUCCUAGCGCGAUACUCGGAGGACCGCCACCGCGUUGUAGUGGACAUGCUUACGUCCUUCAUGCAGAGCUAUGAGGCAGCUCAAUCUCGCUGUCCACUGCUUGAGAUGGUCCGCGCAGUUUACAGUCCCGACGCGAUCGCCGAGGUGUGCGCAAGGGCAGGAGGGCACGUAUCGUUCCUUCCUCCAGUACUAACGGCGCGUCAGGCUGCUGAGCGGAUCUACACGGCCAUCAAUGUCGAGAUACAGGAUCCUACGCUCAAGUUUGGCGUGGGGCCCCCCGCCAUUGUCCCUCCAAGCACGAAGCCUCGGUUCUAG